UCUCAAGGAUAUUUUCUUAGCCCCAUAAAUCGAUAUCUACUACAUUUCAUUCAUUUUCCUCCCGUUGUGGGGUAGAAAGCUCUAUUCAUGAAAUUGUGUAGGUCAAGUUUAAAAAAAUUCAAGUAAAUCGAAUAUAGAAUCAUGAAGAUUCAGGCAUUAUUAAAAUGCAUCCUACUGUUUGUAAUAUUACACGAGACACGUUCAAGUACCGUUUACAUCUCAGAUUAUGGCAUGGCGAAAAUGAUAGAGCUCAGCACCAAGUCGCCAUAUUGCUACGUCCAAACUGACAGAGGAAAAAUAAGAGAUAGGCUGCUAAGUUCUGAUCCGCGACGAGUCAGGAAAAUGUCAGACGAAUCUGUGGACAAUUUGGCGAAAGUAUGCAACAAAGAUAUCCAUUCUCCCCACCAAGGUGGGUUCAUCUAUCCAGGAACCAAAUGGUGUGGUCCAGGAAACAAAGCUAAAAAUUAUACUGACCUCGGUUACCAUUACAAAGAAGACACGUGUUGUCGGGAACACGAUAGAUGUCCUAAAUCAUUAGGUAAAGGAGAGUGCAGAAAGGGAAUAUGUAACCAUUCACUCUUUACAAGAUCCCACUGUGACUGUGAUGCCAAUUUCCGAAAAUGUCUCCAAACCGCUAAUACGGAAACUGCAAACACUAUAGGUGCCAUAUUUUUUAACAUCGUUCAAGUCAUUUGCUUUAAAGAAAGGACACCCUGUACACAGUGGCAAAGUUAUUACUCCAAUAAUUUAAUACCCUUUUCCGGACGUCCUGGAGAGUGCCCUUAUUAUUUCGAGAAUUCGGAUAGAUACGUGGAAACGGUUACACAAAAGAUGAAGGCGACGAGCUAUGUGCUCGAAUCCAUUUUAGACCAUCUGAAAAAUAUGUCCCUUUAAUGCCUUUACCUUAAACAGUACCUGCAUAUCCACGUACCUAUCAGCAGAGAAUAACAAAAAAAAAAAAACGCAGUUACCUAAUAAAAAAGCAAUAAAAGUCAUAUAUUUUGCCAAAUAUAUUUCAUAAAAAGAUGAUAGUAUGUUAUUAGUAUUA